CGCUACGCCUUCGGCACAGGCUUCAGCGCAAAGAACCAAACCACAAUCCUCAACUACACAUCAGCCCUCUCUCGCUUCGGGCUCGCGCACCUCACGCAGCAGACCAACAUCUCCAGCCCCUUCAUCAGCGUGUACGACAGCCUGGCACACGCGGAGCGCGUCGCUAGGUUCUUCAGCGAGAAGUACGGCGAGGAUACGUAUGUUGUUACGGUGGAUACGCGGCAUUUUGCGAGGGGGCCCGUGUUUCGCGCUGCGGACCUGCUGAGGGAUGGGGAGGGGGAGGGGAAGGAGAAGGAGAAGGGUGAGGAACGUGCGCAGUGGCUGCAUUGGGGGGAGUACCUCGUUAUGUAUCGGAUUCCCGCGCAGGCGAUUCGGGAUCAGACGCCUGUGGCGCAGGGCGAGAAUCAGAAGUGGAGGGCUGUUGGGGUGAUUGGCGGGGCGUAG